AUGUCUGGACUUCACCGGUCUCUCUCUCCGAGGCUAAAGCCCGUCCUCAUCUGGAUCUAUGGUGGCGGUUGGAACUCAGGACAGUCUGGAUCUGCGCUUAAUGAUCUUACCUCGUGGUCGACCAGCCAUCCAGAGGUUGUCUUCGUGUCCUUCAACUAUCGCCUCAACGUCUUUGGCUAUGCAACUCUCCAGCCAUUCCAAACAAGGAUACGAAUGCUGGGCUCCGAGAUCAACGGACCGCUGUUGAAUGGGUCGUCGCUAAUAUUGCAGCGUUUGGUGGAAACCCGGCUCAGAUUACGCUUGGAGGACAGUCUUGGGUGGAGUAUCGCUGCGUAUCUCUACGCUUGA